UUCUAUUGAAAUGGAUUUUAAUGGUAAUUUUUUUAUCUUGCAAUAUUUUGCUUCAAUUUUUUCUUUUAUGGCUAAGAAAAUAUCAACAAAGAGAAUAAAUUUUGAGUAUUUAGGUGUUUAGGGUUAGGGUUUCGUUUUGAUAAUGGAUAAAAUUUGGGAAAAAUAAAUUUAAGGUGUUUAGGGUUACAACUUCUUUUCAUGGUUGAGAAAUUUCAUGAAAGAGAAUAAAUUUCAGUAUUUAGGGUUUCAUUUUUAUAACUAAGAAUUUUCCUUUUCAAAGGUGUUUAUCUCUCAGUUUGUUGUGACAUUUUUUUAAUUUCUUUUUUCCUUUUCAUCAACCUUGCAUCUAUAAACUUUACAUUAGGUAUUUGGGGCUUUUAGGGCUUGGAGGGUUAGGGCUUCAAACGAAGAACGAAGACGAAUGAGGGAGGGAAAGUUCUAUUUGAGGCUUUUUAGUUGAGUGAAUUUAUAAAUCUACUCUUAAUUAGUCAGUCACGUACACAAGACAUGAUAUUUUCGUCCAUUAAAACUAAUUAGGCCGAAAAAAAAAAAAAAGACAAAGUGCAGGUAUUUAAGAAGUUUAAAGUGCAAUGUGUUCAAUUUUAAAUCCAAGAAAGUAAUGUGCAAAUAUGUUAUAGGUUGAAGGGUAAAAGGGCAAGUGUUUAUACCCUAACAUUUAUAAAAUGUUAAGGGGGUAAAUGGUAAAGUGUACCAAACCCUAACAUUUAUAAUAUGUUGAGGGGGUUAAUGGUAAAGUGUAUUAAACCCUAAUAUUUCAAAAAUAUUGGGGGGGUAAAUGGUAAAGUGUAUUGAAACCUAACAUUUAUUAAAUAUGGUGGUUAUUGUUCCGAAUAUGUUAUUAUUUUAUCCUAGAAGCCUGUUGUGUUAUAAAGGAGUAAGAAAGUCAUUUUUCCAAUUUCAUGCUUAUCUUGGCCUUUUAAACCGAAUAUCCCUUUUGUUUUUCGACCCGCAAAGCACUGAAGUUGCAACGCACCAAAGACUCUUCAUCUCUUACAUCUCCGUCGGCCCUAAGCUCUAUCGUUAUCUGUUCUUACCAGUUAAACAAAUGUCGGAACAUGAAGAGUACCGUUGUUUUAUUGGCGGCCUUUCAUGGUCAACAUCUGAUAGAAGUUUGAAAGAAGCAUUUGAAAAAUUUGGCCAUCUCGUUGAGGCGAAGGUUGUUGUGGACAAGUUUUCUGGUCGCUCUCGUGGAUUUGGCUUUGUUUCUUUUGAUGACAAGCAAGCAAUGGAAGAUGCCAUUAAGGAAAUGCAUGGCAUGGAUCUAGAUGGACGAUCUAUCACUGUGGAUAAAGCCCAGCCAAACCAAGGCUCUGGAAGAGAUCGGGAUGGGGAUAGGGACCGGGACCGUGGUCGUGAUCGUUACAAUGAUCGGGAUCGUAACCGUGAUUAUGGAGGUGGACGGGGAUCUAACGGUGGGGAGUGUUUUAAAUGUGGAAAACCUGGACAUUUUGCUAGGGAGUGUCCAUCAAGUGAAGGUGCUAGAGGUGGUAGAUAUGGUGGAAGGGAUGAUAAAUAUGGUGGUGGGGGUGGCGGUGGCAGUGGCGGCCGUUAUGGUCCUGAUCGUAAUGGGGAUCGCUAUGGUGGACGCAGCAAGGAUGCUGGUAGUCGUGGAGGGUCUGGGAAUGAUAGAUACAGCCGUGACCGUUCUGGUCCAUAUGAGCGCCGUUGAUCAGGGCUCUUCCAAUACCCUGAUGAACUGAUUUCUUGAAUGGGGGCUUCAGCUCUGCAAAUGAAGCACUAGCUAGCAUGGAUAAAGUAUUAGCAGCAGAUGGAGUUUACAGGAUCUCUCUUCUGUCUUGUCUUUGUGGACCUAUAUACUGAAUCACUUCUUUGCCACUUUCAGAUUUGGGAUGCGUAUUUGUCAUUUGACUAUUUUUAGUUGUUUCAGAUUCUCACAUUUCAAAUUGGGUCUUUGUUACUAUUUGAAUGCCAUUAUUGCUGCUGGACACUGGAUGAUUUGCAUGCAUGUUGAGUGGACUUCUGGAUUCUCAA